AUGACAGCCACAAACGGAAUCAAUGGUACCAAUGGCAUCUCACAUACCAACGGCACUAACGGACAUACGAAUGGUGGCUCCCAUGCCAAUCGUACAAACUGCAUCUCGCACACCAACGGCACCAACGGACACACGAAUGGUGAUUCUCAUGCUAAUGGCACAAACGGUACCAACGGCGUACAGGUGGACAACACCAACGACAAGGCCGUCCCCAUAGCAAUCUGUGGCAUGGGCCUUCGACUCCCCGGAGGAUCAUCGACCCCACAAGAAUUCUGGGAAUUCCUCGUGAACAAGGGUGACGCAAGAGGUCGAGUCCCCAAAUCACGCUACAAUGUGUCAGCCUACCACGAAACAUCCAAGCGACCUACAACUGUUGCCACCGAGUAUGGCUACUUCCUGGACGAAGAUGUGAAACUCGGUGCCAUGGACACAACUCGGUUUUCAAUGAGCCGUGCUGAUGUUGAGUAUGCGGACCCUCAGCAGCGGCGCUUGUUGGAAGUUGUCACAGAGGCGUUUGAAGACGCUGGAGAGGCCAAGUUCAGAGGCAAGAAAAUUGGAUGUUACUUUGGAAACAUGAACGAAGAUUGGGGAGAGAUGAUGAACAGAGACCCCCUGUGGCAUGGUCCAAAUAAGAUUGAUGGCUAUCAAGACUGGAUGCUUGCCAACCGUAUAUCUUACGAGUUUGGUCUGACUGGACCAAGCAUGACCAUCCGUACAGCCUGUUCGUCAGCUCUGAUUGGUGUCAAUGAGGCUUGCUCAGCUAUUCAACGUGGUAUCUGCGAAGGUGCCAUAGUAGCCGGUGGCAACUUGAUCCUAGCACCCGGGACGACACAGCAGAUGACUGAAAAGGGCAUCUUGUCUCCCGAGGGCUCCUGCAAGAGUUUCUCUGCAGAUGCGGACGGGUAUGCACGUGGUGAAGCAUUCACAGCCGUGUUCUUGAAGCCUCUUGAUGCUGCCAUUCGAGAUGGCAAUCCGAUCCGGGCCGUUAUCAGAGCCGCUGUGGCGAAUUCGGAUGGCAAGACACAAGGCAUUACGCAGCCGAAUGGGGCAGCCCACGAGGCGAUGAUCCGUCUCGCCUACAAGCAGGCUGGUAUCACGGACUUCUCCAAGACGGCAUACUUCGAAUGCCACGGGACUGGUACAGCAGUUGGAGACCCCAUUGAGACCGGAGCAGUGGCCAACGUAUUUGGAGACGGCGGCAUUCACAUCACCUCUGUGAAGCCCAACGUCGGCCACACUGAAGGAGCUUCUGGCUUGGUGUCUCUGAUCAAGGCUGUCAUGUCUCUGGAACAUCGCACCAUCCCGCCGAACAUCAAGUUCAACACUCCGAACCCCAAGAUUCCUUUCGAGAAGGGAAAGCUCACUGUUCCCGUGGAGCCAACACCCUUCCCCGAGGAUCGCUGUGAGAGAGUCAGCGUCAACAGCUUUGGACUCGGCGGCUCAAACGCCCAUGUCAUUCUCGACUCGGCAAGAAGCUUCAACCUUCCCAAGUCGGCGAUUCGAGACAGCGACCGAGACACGGAUCCCCAAUUGCUUCUCUUCUCGGCAGGUUCUGCCCCGUCAUUGAAGUCCAUGAUCAAUGGUUACGAGGACUGGAUUGUGCAGAACCCAAAUAUGACCGAUAGGCUACAUGAUUUAGCCUACACGCUCGACAAUAGGCGUGAGCACCUCCCCCAUCGGUCAUUCAAGAUCGCGGGUACCAACGACAUCCCGGCAUCCCAGGGAAGAAAGAUCCCGGGUCAGCCCGUGAGUCUGGUCAUGGUGUUUACAGGACAAGGCGCACAAUGGCCCCGCAUGGGCCGCGAGCUGCUAUUGCGCGAUGAUCUCGUCUUCCAGAAGACCAUCAGAACGCUGGACAAGUAUCUUGAGGCUAUUCCUGAGCCUCCGCAGUGGACAAUUGAGGGAGAGCUGCAAAAAUCGGCGAAGACGUCGCGUGUCCAGAAGGCAGAGCUCUCACAGCCGCUAUGCACUGCUGUCCAGGUCGCCAUGAUAGACCUCUUCGCAAGCAUCAGCGUUGAGCCCGCAGCAGUCGUGGGCCACAGCAGUGGUGAACUCGCCGCUGCCUACGCAGCUGGUGCUCUAACUGCAAAGGAGGCCAUCAUCGGAGCCUACCAACGUGGACAAGCCGCCAAGCUCCAGAACAGAAAGGGCGCCAUGGCCGCUGUCGGCCUGGGCUGGGCUGAAGUCGAGCCGUUCCUGAACCGGCCCCAUGUUGUCGUCGCGUGCGAGAACUCUCCCAAGAGCGUCACUCUUUCGGGUGACGCUGAAGAGGUACAAGCCGCUGUCACGCGUAUCAAGGAGGCGCAUCCCGAUGUCACGGCUCGACUGCUCAAGGUCGAAAAGGCGUAUCACUCGUACCACAUGCAAGAGAUUGGGAAUGACUACCAUGCGAUGAUUGAGCCACACAUCGAGGGUAAGCAGGCAAUCAAGCCCUUCUUCUCCAGUGUAACCGGCACUGGUGAGCCAGAGCAGCGCAAACUCGACGCCAAGUACUGGCAGCAGAACCUCCAGUCACCCGUACUCUUCAGCCCUGCAGUGGCCGGGGUGCUGAAGCACUUCAAAAACCCAGCCUUCAUUGAGAUUGGUCCUCACGGAGCCCUCGCAGGCCCGGCACGACAGAUCUUCGCCAAGGCGUCCGCCGCUCCGCCAUAUCUGUCGGCAAUGACACGCAACGAGGAUUGCGUGCAGUCGUAUCUGGCCGUCGUUGGCAAGCUCUUUGAGCUCAACGUCUCGAUCGACUACGCGGCCGUUGCCCCCGCUGGACAGACGCUUCCAGAUCUGCCGCGCUACCCCUGGAACUACGAGGGCGAGUUCUGGGUUGAGUCUCGCAUGUCGGCCGAGUGGAGGCACCCAAAGUUCCCCAGACAUCCGCUGCUAGGACGUCGGCAGCUGGAGAGUACCAGUCUUGAGCCAAGCUGGAGGAGCCUGACCAACAUUGAGGACGCUCCCUGGCUUCGAGACCACCAGAUCCAGGGUACGAUUGUUUUCCCUGCCGCCGGCUACUUCGCCAUGGCAGGAGAGGCAAUCCGACAGCUGAGUGGCAUCGAGGAGUCGUACAGCCUCUCUCAUGUGGUGCUCAGCCAGGCACUGAUCUUGCAAGAGGGAGUUGAUACCGAGGUGGUGACAAACCUGCGUCCUCAUCGUCUGACGGACUCGGCAGAUAGUCAGUGGUGGGAGUUCUCUAUCGCCUCCUACAAUGGUCAUUCGUGGGUGAAGCACUGUGUCGGCCAGGUCUCAGCCGUGCCAUCUACCGGGCUAACCCAGGCUGAAGAGGUCAAGUCGCUUCCUCGGAAGUUGGAUACCUUCAAGGUCUUCAAUACUCUUGCAAAGGCCGGAAUGGAGUAUGGACCAGCCUUCCAGCGCCUGGAUAAGAUCAGCGCAGGAACCCUAGAGACAAGAGCCGUGAGCAGUUUGACCGGCCAUCUCAACGGAGACGAGAACAAAUACCACCUGCACCCUACUGUUAUUGACGCAGCCCUUCAGAUGGGUCUUGUUGCUGCCAGAUCCGGCAAGCUCGACGUCAGCAACUGCGCCGCAAUGCCUACCUUGAUUGAGGAGGUGACCAUUUUCCGCAGCGCCUCGGAGUCAGAGAUGACGGUGACAGCAUUGACAGAUGUACAGCCUGGCAGCGGUGAGAUUAGAGGUCAGUUCCAGGUUAUUGCAAACGGCAAGGCCGUGUUAAGGAUCCCAAAGGCCGCCUUCACACCCAUCGAACAAGGUGACAAGGACGUCGUGCACAAACUCCCCAUCAGUGCGCGGGUCAACUGGAAGCCUCACAUUGACUUCAUCAACGCGGCUUCCCUCAUUAAACCCGAGUUCGAUGGUGAUAAGUGGACGCCCCUGCUGAACGAGCUGGGCGAACUCUGCUUCAUCUUCUUCCAGAGAUGCAUUGAGGAUGUCAAAUUGUCAGAGAAUCCCUCCAUCCAGCGGUUCGCAGCCUGGAUCGGCCGACAGUUCCAAACCCUCGACAAGGAUCAUCCUGGACACGCCCUUGAUAUCCCGCAAAUCGUCGACAGGGCUCACGGGAUCGGAGAGCUCAUGGCCGAGUCGCCACUUGCUGCCUGUGCAGACUGUAUUCUCGAGAUCGGCCAGCACAUUGUCGACCUACUCACUGGCGAGAAGGACGUCAUUGAUGUUCUCUCACAAGAUGAUCUUCUUACCAGGCUAUUUGCUGCGGCCAACACCGUCAACCGUACAGCCUUCCUCAGGAGUCUGGGGCACGCAAGACCAAGCCUUCGCAUUCUAGAGCUCGGUGGUAGCACGGGACAAUUAACGUCCUCUUUGCUGAAGGACCUGGUCCUCCCUAACGGCGGCGCCCUUUACUUCAAGCACACCUUCACCGAUCCCUCGUCGACUUCCGUUGCCGACGCAAGGAAGCGCUUCCAGAACUUGGACAACUUUGAGUCGCGCGUGCUAGACAUUAGCAAGGACCCAGCAGAGCAGGGCUUCAAGGAAGACGACAAAUACGACCUGAUCGUGGCGACCAACUAUCUUCACGCCACUCCAAGCUUGUCCGGCUCCUUGACCAAUGUCCGCAAGCUGUUGGCACCCGGCGGUCGUCUCCUUCUGCAGGAGCUCAACACCGAGUCUAAGUGGAUCAACUGCAUCCUCGGGUUCCUGGAUGACUGGUGGGUUGGUGAGAACGACGGACGACCCGACGAGCCCUACGUGUCUCCCGAGCGCUGGGAAGUCGAGCUGAAGCGCGCUGGCUUCGCUGCGCCGGACGUGGUGCUCGACUCCUCAGCACCGCACCAGCUGAGCGCCGUCAUGAUAGCCAGGCCCGAAGAAGACGUCAACCCAAGCGUCAAUAAGACUGUGACUGUAUUGGCCUACAAGCAUGAUGGUAAGAAUGUCGACGCCGUAAGCCGUAAGCUUGAAAGCCGAGGCUAUACCGUCGACAAGUGUCGCUUCGGCGAUGAGCUGCCGGGAGGAUCUCAGGAUGUGAUCAGUCUCCUUGAUGAGACCAGUCCUUUCUUCGAGGACAUCGAUGAGCACCGCUUCAAGACUCUCCAAAAGCUUCUUGCCAAUAUUGGCGAGUCAGGCCUGUUCUGGGUCACCCGCCCGUCUCAGAUGCAGUCCAAGGACCCGCGGUACGCGACAGUCGUUGGCGCGAUCCGCUCCAUCCGUCACGAGGACACCAUCGACUUCGCCACUUGCGAGGUUGACGAUGUGAGCGUCUCACUUGACGACGUAGUUGACGCCUUCGCCCACUUCCAGAAGAGAUACGAGGACGAGUUCUUCCGGCCCAACUAUGAGUAUGCAAUUGUCGACGGCACAAUCAAUGUGCCUCGCAUCUAUCCCUUCACAUUCGGCGAUGAGCGGAUCUCGACACGUGUCGCAGAGGAGCGAGUGUCUCUUGUGGCUGAGAAGCCGGGCCGCCUGACUUCGCUGAGCUGGGAGUCCCGUGUAUCUGAGCCCCUGGUUAGAGACCAGGUCGACGUCGAGGUCUUCUAUGCUGGGCUCAGCUCCAAGGUAUGUUCAACGUGCAUCAAAUUUGCAUCGUCCUUUGUACUGACUUUACUUCACUCACAGGAUGUCGCCGAGGUUAUGGGCAUCAGCCCUUACCCUGCCGGAGGUCUUGGUGUGAGCGCCAGUGGGAGAAUCUCAGCCAUCGGCCCCGAUGUCAAAGACUUUGCAGUGGGCGAUCGCGUCAUCGGCCUUGGGACCGGCAGCUUUUCUUCGCACCUACGCACGUCUGAGGCGCUGAUCGAGAGGAUCCCCGACAGCAUCUCGUUUGAAGAAGCGGCAACGUUGCCUGCUGCGUACGCAACGGCCCUCGCAGCUCUACACAAUACCGGAAACCUGCAGACUGGACAGUCUAUUCUGAUUCAUAAUGCCUCUGGGGACGUUGGCUUGGCUGCCUUGCAGCUUGCAAAGGCGCUGAGGACGGAUAUUUAUACGACUGUCGGCACCGAGGCAGAAGCUACAUACCUCGUCGAGAACUUUGGUAUCCCUAGAACUCGCAUCUUCUGGUCUACCGAUGACAGCUUCUUGAAAGAGAUCCUGCACGCGACCGAUGGAGAGGGCGUUGACCUGGCUCUGAACUCGCUGUCUGGCGACCUCCUGCACGCGACCUGGAAGUCCGUCGCCGAAUUCGGCAAGAUGAUUGAAAUUGGCACCGCAGACCUAGUUGGUGCUGGCAGAUUGGAGCUGAACUCCUUCUUGGGUGGCAGGAGCUACACCGGCGUCAACCUGGAAGGUCUCGUAGCCAAGAAGAAGUCUGUUGUCAAGGGACUGUUGCAAUCGGCCGUCAAGCUCUUGACCUGGGGCAGUAUUGUUCCAAUCGCACCUCGAGUAGUCUAUGAGGCGUCAGACGUGGAGGAUGCCAUCAAGCAUGUGCAAGAGAACAAGGAUACGAGCAAGGUUAUUCUUCAGCUCAGAGACACUGACGGUACGCUCAAGAUCGGCUCGAGUCCAGUCAAAGUCGCCGAUGACGCCUUCAAGGUCGACAAGACAGCAUCAUACCUGCUCGCCGGAGGCUUGGGAGGCAUCGGAACUGUCAUCGCCAGACAUCUUGUCGAGAACGGCGCCCGUCGCAUUGUCUGCCUUUCGCGGAACCCUGGAUCACGUCCCGAGGACGCCGACACCAUUGGAGAGUUCCAAAGUAUGGGCUGCGAAGUGGUGCUCGUUAAGGGCGACAUGGUCAACAGGGACGACAUCUUCCGCGCUGUCCAGCAGGCUCCCAACCUGAAGGGCAUCCUGCAUUCACCUAUGCUUCUUCAGGAUGAGGCCUUCAGAAACAUGACACUGGAGCAGUGGAGCAAGGCCACUGGCCCCAAGGUCAAGGGAGCAUGGUAUCUGCACGAGGCUACAGUGGAGGCCGGUAUCAACCUUGACUUCUUCGUGUUCCUUUCCUCCAUGUCUGGCAUCACUGGGCAGCCUGGUCAGGCCAACUACUCUGGCGCCAACACGUUCCUGGAUGCCUUCACCUUGUGGCGCAACAGCAACGGGCUGCCCGCAUCCUCCAUUGACAUUGGCGCCGUCGCCGACAUGGGAUACGCUGCUCGUGACCAGCAACUGCUGCAAAGGCUCUUAAGGAACGGCUACUCCGGCGUCACCGAGUCGGAAAUGAUUGAAGCAUUCCGGGCGGCAGCCUCCUAUACCGUGCCCAAGCUGGACAUCAACACGAAGAGUGUCCCAUUCACCCACAGGAAUACCUUCGCCACCGGCUUCGGCUCCGACAAGUCUCUCAGCCACCCGGACAGCCGCCUACACUGGAAGAAGGACGUCCGGAUGGCCAUCUGGCACAACAUCAGCGACGGCGACAUCGGCAAGGCAGGUGCUGGCGGUGACGGCUUCAAGGCUUUCCUCGCCGGAGCGAGGAGUGACCCUGAGAUCCUCACCAAGCCUGAGACGGUCAACUACAUCGCCCUUGAAGUUGGAAAGCAGCUGAUGAAAUUGCUACUGCGGCCCGAUGAUGACCUUGACAUCACCCUCCCUGUGCAACAACUUGGUCUCGACUCGCUGGUAGGCAUUGAGCUGCGAAACUGGUGGAGACAGACGCUCGGAUUUGAUAUUAGUGUGCUUCAGCUUCUCGGCUUUGGUACCCUAGAGGAGCUUGGUAGGCAAGCUGUAAAUGGAUUGAUCAAAGCAGGUAAACAAUGA